GUAAGAGAUUCUGUCCAUUGCUGAUCAUGUACACACCUUAUCAGAACCAACAGCAACCGUAUGCGCAGCAGCGUGGUCAGGGACAGCAGUACCAGCCACAACAACAGCAGUACCAACCACAGAACCAGCACCAACAGUAUCAACCACCACAACAACAACAACUGCAACAGUAUGGCCAACCUGGUCUUCAUCAUCCACAACCACAACACUACCAACAAGUGCCUCCUCAACAACAACAGCAGCAGGGACAACCGGGCCAAUACUCGCAAGAUGGGCCUUAUGGAGGCUUUUUCACUGACCCUGCUGCUUCAAUGGCCGCUCAACUUGCCAAAAACUCCUUUGGUCAAUCUAAUGUAUAUCUUCAACAGAAUUUUGGUCUGUUUAUCCCAAAGGCGGAUGUAAACUAUUACUUUAAGGUAUCAAACUCGUACGUAGUACGUAAAGUUGGGCUUAUUUUGUUCCCAUACCGUCACAAAAAUUGGACAAGACUCACUGCAUCCAGCACCGACCACUCAGUUGGAACUCCCAGUGCAACUCCUCUGCAAAUUCAAUUUGCCGCACCUACACAUGAUAUCAAUGCUCCAGACUUGUACAUUCCAUUGAUGGCAUUCAUCACAUACAUCUUACUUUGGGCUUCAUUCCAAGGUUUUAAGGGUGACUUCCAUCCUGAAGUUUUUGGAUAUUUAGCCUCUCAAACUUUAGCAUGUUCUAUUAUUGAUAUUGUUAUUUUUAGAGUAGGACUUUAUUUAUUGAACUGCUCCACUCAACAUAGUCUGUUCUGGGAUGUCAUUGCCUUUUCUGGCUACAAAUAUGUUACCAUCAUUGCUCUUUUAUGUUGGAAGAAUUUAAUUGGUGGAGGUUGGAUUUAUUAUGGUGUUGUUUUCAUUUUUACUGCCAGUUUAUCUCUCUUUUUAAUGAGAUCACUUAAAUUUUUGGUUCUUCCUAGUGCCCUGGGAGUUGAUAAUCCGAAUAUCAACAAUAUUUCUGCUACUCAAAGAAGAAUUAGAAUUCAAUUUUUAUUCCUUUAUGCUGUUGUUCUUCAAAUAUUGCUUGUUUUAUUUAUGAGUAGAUAGGAAAAAGAGUUGAACUUUAAACAAAUAUAAA